ACUAUACCAUCAGUCUUUUUCUUUUGUUUUCUUUCUCUCUCACAUAUUUUUUCCUCCCAUGAAUAAAGACACCUUUGUCAUUACAAUUACAGUUUAUUGACAUUCUACCGUAACGAAUCUGUGAUCGAAAGUUUGUUAUUUCUGCUUCAUUUUUCUGUUUAGUUGUUCUUAAAGAUUCUUGAAGGUUCUUUAUUUCAAGGGAGAAAGUAGAGAGGAGAGAGAAAGAGACCGAGAAAGCUUUGCUGUAUGUCAGUAGAGAAAGCUUUGCUGUAUGUCAGUAGAUUGUAUUGAGUCUUACUACGGUGGAUUUGGCGAGCUUGCGAACCCUUUACAAUGGCCUCAGCUAAGAAAAAAGCGACGCUUCUUUCUUCUUCCCCCUCUUCCCCUUCUUCAUGUUGCGAACCCGACUCGGUUGUUUCCGCCGCGCCUGCCUCUGCCUCCGCCUCCUCUUCCGCAUCCAAUGUCCUGCAGGAGUGGUCCGUUGCCUCUACGGAUCGCGGCAACGAUCAACGGGCUACCAAAGCUGCCUUGGCGUCAUUGAUUCGCCCCGUUGAUUCUCUUCCUGAAACUUCCACAGCCGCCUCCACCAAAGGGAUCCAAAUUUUGACAAGGGCUCAAACCAGCCAUCCUUUGGACCCUUUAUCUGCUGCCGAGAUCUCUGUAGCAGUUGCUACGGUCAGGGCUGCUGGAGCCACUCCUGAGCUAAGAGAUAGUAUGCGCUUUGUCGAAGUGGUUCUUUUGGAGCCAGACAAGCAUGUUGUUGCUUUGGCAGAUGCGUAUUUCUUCCCACCUUUCCAACCCUCAUUACUUCCCAGGACCAAAGGUGGCCCAGUGAUCCCUACCAAGCUCCCUCCGAGGCGAGCUAGACUGGUUGUCUAUAACAAAAAAUCCAAUGAAACAAGUAUAUGGAUUGUCGAGUUAUCAGAAGUACAUGCAGUAACUCGAGGAGGACAUCACAGGGGAAAAGUAAUAUCAUCACAAGUUAUUCCUGAUGUUCAGCCUCCUAUGGAUGCUAUGGAAUAUGCUGAAUGUGAAGCUGCUGUAAAAGGCUUUUCUCCAUUCCGAGAGGCAAUGAAGAAGAGGGGUAUUGAGGACAUGGAGCUUGUGAUGGUUGAUCCUUGGUGUGUUGGUUAUCAUAGUGAUGCUGAUUCUCCUAGCCGCAGACUUGCAAAACCACUUAUAUUCUGUAGAACCGAGAGUGACUGUCCCAUGGAAAAUGGCUAUGCUCGCCCAGUUGAGGGAAUUUAUGUACUUGUUGAUAUGCAAAAGAUGAAGGUGAUUGAGUUUGAAGACCGUAAGUUUGUUCCCUUACCUCCAGCUGAUCCUUUGAGGAAUUAUACUCCUGGAGAAACAAGAGGUGGUGUUGAUCGAAGUGAUGUGAAACCCUUACAGAUUGUUCAGCCUGAAGGUCGAAGCUUUCGUGUUAAUGGGUGCUUUGUAGAGUGGCAGAAGUGGAAUUUCCGUAUCGGUUUCACCCCAAAGGAGGGUUUGGUUAUAUACUCUGUUGCAUAUGUUGAUGGUAGUCGAGGUAGGAGGCCUGUUGCUCAUAGGUUGAGUUUUGUGGAGAUGGUUGUGCCAUAUGGGGAUCCAAAUGAUCCACAUUACCGAAAAAAUGCUUUUGAUGCUGGGGAAGAUGGCCUUGGAAAAAAUGCACAUUCUCUCAAGAAGGGAUGUGAUUGUUUGGGGUAUAUCAAAUACUUCCAUGCUCACUUUACAAAUUUCACUGGAGGUGUUGAAACGAUUGAAAAUUGUGUCUGUUUGCAUGAAGAGGAUCACGGAAUUUUAUGGAAGCAUCAAGAUUGGAGAACAGGUUUGGCUGAAGUUCGAAGGUCUAGGCGGCUAACAGUGUCUUUCAUAUGCACUGUUGCUAACUACGAGUAUGGAUUUUACUGGCACUUUUAUCAGGAUGGAAAUAUUGAAGCUGAAGUUAAGCUUACAGGAAUUCUUAGCUUAGGAGCAUUGCAGCCUGGAGAAUCUCGAAAAUAUGGUACAAUGAUUGCCCCAGGUUUAUAUGCACCGGUUCAUCAACACUUCUUUGUUGCUCGUAUGGACAUGGCUGUUGAUUGCAAACCUGGUGAAGCUUUCAAUCAGGUUGUUGAGGUUAAUGCUAAAGUUGAGGAACCUGGGGAAAAUAAUGUUCACAAUAAUGCAUUCCAUGCGGAAGAGACCCUGCUUGAAACUGAACUGGAAGCUAUGCGUGACUGUAAUCCCUUAACAGCUCGCCAUUGGAUUGUGAGGAAUACGAGAACAGUAAACAGGACUGGUCAGUUGACUGGCUACAAGCUUGUACCUGGCUCGAACUGUCUACCGCUAGCUGGUUCUGAGGCCAAGUUUUUAAGAAGAGCUGCUUUCUUGAAGCAUAACCUUUGGGUUACUCAAUAUGCUCCUAAUGAGAUGUUUCCUGGAGGAGAGUUUCCAAAUCAAAAUCCACGUGUUGGUGAAGGAUUGGCUACAUGGGUUAAGCAAGAUCGUGUUCUAGAGGAAACUGAUAUAGUUCUCUGGUAUGUUUUUGGAAUCACCCAUGUCCCUCGAUUGGAAGACUGGCCUGUUAUGCCAGUGGAGCGCAUUGGUUUCAAGCUGAUGCCGCAUGGAUUCUUUAACUGCUCACCGGCUGUAGAUGUCCCACCUAAUGCGUGCGAAUUGGAUAGUAAAGACAAUGAUAUCAAAGAAAAUGUGGUGCCCAAGUCUAAUGAGAAUGGUCUGCUGGCAAAACUAUGAUGAGAUCUCUGGUUAUGCAAUACAAACAGUACUGACAUUCCAUCUAGUUUUACCAAUUACCUUCCCUGAUGUAGAAUUUCAUAUAAGUCGAAUACUAAAAACAAGUCUUGUUUUUAAGUGUUUGUACAAUGUCUCAACCCUUGGAAGAAUGUUGUUCUUACUUUUGUUAUGUUAUUAUACCAUCAUUUGGGAAAUAAAAUUUGUUUAUUGUAACAUCAGCAUCAGUUGUCUUGGUCAGACUAAGAUCCGUCAGAUCAUUAAAUAAAGAGGAGCAUGGCAGAAACUGGAAACCAAAUGCAACUGUGGCUGGCCGGCCUUGAAAGCUGGGAGGUUCUUUAGGAAUUAAUGAAUUAUAUAUCUAUUUCUAAGUUUUAAAUUCUAAGUAGUGAAUACCACUUUGUGAGAAAAUGCUCUCGGGUUUUUAUAAAGGUUGGAUGUGAAUGUGAUGUCUUCUUCAUCUUAUUCAUCUCACUUUUCAUUUUCUUUUUUGAUUAUUUUGUGUCUGGCAUCGUGCUGUUGGGAUCCCUUUCGGCUUUUUGCACUGCUAAAGUUGGAAGGCUAGCACGUUCGUGCAUACUGUGAAGUAGG